AUGGCCGUCGCAGCCGCAGCGCAAGCGACACCGAUUACGAUGGCGCCAGUAGGAGGGACGGGGAGCAGGAAGGAGGAGGAAGAACGUCUACCGAUGCCGUCGCGGAACCCGCUGCCGCUAUCCGCUAGUCAGGAGGCGCAGGUGCGGGAGGUGUUCAAUGCGCGCGUGAGGGCGCAUUGUGCGGAGGAUAUCAAAGACUGCGCCCGCGGCCGCACCUUCAGCGUCCCGUUCGCGUGCCGCGCGCUCUCGCACGCCAUGAACAACUGCAUGCUCGCGCACGCGACGCCCGAAGAGCACGACCGCGCCCGCGAGGACUGGUUCGCGGCCCGCAUGACGCGCGCCCGCGAGCGCGAGCGCAAGGAGCGCCGCAAGCUCGAGCAGGAGAAGUUCCAUCGCGAGUGGUGGGGUCUGCCGGAUCGCGACCCGGAGGAUCUCCGGCGGGAGCUCGAGAAGCUGGAGCGGCCGGAGCGCAUUGGGGGCGCUGUGCGAAGGCGGGAUCCUCCGCCUUCUACAUCUACAUCUACGCCGACGACGGAGGGUGGGGAGAAGAGGUAG